GCAGGCUGUCAUGUGCGGUUAUGCGGACGUGUCCGUCAUCGCCGCCGUCGCCGUCGUCAUCGUCGUCGUCAUUGCUACAAUCUGUUGACGCGCGAGCGACGUUGGUUGUCGGGAUCGGCAGGACGCGCGCGUGGGCACGUGGCGACAGCUGAGAGGAUGCUGCGAUGCCAGCGCGCAGACGGUUCGGUGUCGUAGGAUCCCCCGAGACAACGGACCGCUUGGGAUUCGCAUCGAGAGCAUCGGGCAUCGGCCCACCGCUGCACCAUUGUCAGGAUGAGGACGACGCGCGCCGCGGACUGUUGAGCGAGCGAACGGAUGCGGGUAUCAUUGGCGACGACCUGGCGACGGACGGACUGCGAUCCACGGUGACGGUGACGAUGACGGCCCGCGACAGAACCACCGAGUUCACGAAUGCGAUCCGCUCGAUGCAGAGCAGGAACGCGGCGCGGGCCAGCUCCGCGAGCCAGCAGAACCCGCGCCGCGCGCGCCACGUACAGAGCUAUUCGCAGUUCAUGAUGAUCGCCAAGAAUAUUGGCAAGAACAUCGCCAGCACGUACGCGAAGCUGGAGAAGCUCGCCCUGUUGGCCAAGAAGAAGUCUAUAUUUAACGACAGACAGAUGGAGAUCGAGGAACUCACGAAUAUAAUAAAAACGGACCUGAAGAGCUUGAAUCUUCAAAUCGGGAAGCUGCAAGAGCUCGGAAAGUCUCAGAGAGCGAGUCUGGGGUCUUCUCAGAGCAAUCACAUCGCCUCGCACUCCUCUUCGAUUGUAAUGGCGUUGCAAUCAAAGCUAGCAAAUAUGUCGAAUCACUUCAAGAGUGUCUUGGAAGUUCGCUCUGAGAAUAUGAGGGAGGAGCAGAGCAGGCGGCAGCAAUUCACUCAAGGAUCUGUCUCCACCAUGCUCCCCCCGAGCGUUGUUUCGGGAAAACAGGGCUCGUUGCUGCUGCAAGAGGAAGUCUCCAGCAAUUCGGUCGCGAUCGAUCUCGAACCAGCAAUGAAUCAUCAACUAAUGCAACAAGCUAUGCAAGACGAUACCGAUGCGUACGUCCAGUCGAGGGCUGAGACCAUGCAAAACAUCGAAUCUACUAUUGUCGAGCUGGGUGGAAUUUUCCAGCAACUGGCGCAUAUGGUGAAGGAGCAAGAAGAGAUGGUCGAGAGGAUAGACAGUAAUAUAGAGGACACUGAGUUGAACGUGGAAGCUGCACACACCGAGAUAUUAAAGUAUUUUCAAUCGGUGACGAGUAAUAGGUGGCUGAUGAUAAAGAUAUUCGCGGUUCUGAUAUUUUUCUUUAUAUUUUUCGUUGUGUUCUUGGCAUAAGACAGCAGGCUACCGGCGAUAAUCGUUCGUAUAAUUUAUAUUUCUUACGCUCUAUCAUUUGUAUCUGUUAUUUGUGAUACACGAUAAAAGGAAACGGCCGCCAGGCAGGACGAUUUUUUAUAAAGCUGCGACGCGUGUAUGCAUGUGUAGGCUGAACGAAAGGUAUUUCGUGCAUUCCUUGCCCUUCCUCUGAAUUGUGAAUAUUGUAAGUAUUGUUCAAACAUCGCGUUUCUUGUAUAUCGCAUGAUACACGAACUGUAAAAAGGAGAUAUUUCUAUAAUAAAUCUAUCAUUUUCA